AUGGCAGGCGUCGGCUACGUGACCGUGUGGUACUGCUUUCUGCUCGCAUCCUGCCACUCGUUGCGCGUCACCUACGCGGUCUUCUUCCUGCUUUACGGAAUCACGGAGAGCGUGCCCUGGGCCGAGUGCAGGGACAGCUGGAGCACGGACUGCUUCACGCCGGGCACCGAAUUCCUCCGUUGCAAGUACGUGCAGAUGCUGGGCCAACCUGCGGCCAAUGAGAGCGAGGCGCUAGUGGACCCAAGCGCCAUGUACUGCAUCAACGCGUCGCGGACACCGCCGGAGGCCUACUUCACGGACUACGUGCUUCAGCGCACCAGCGGCAUCGACGAGAUCGGCGCACUGCGGAUGGAGCUACUCGUCUUCAUGACAGUCGUGUGGGCCAUCGUGCUCGGGGUGUCCAGCCAGACGCCGCACAUCAUCCACGCUGUCAACCGGGCGCUGUUCUGGGUGGCGAUGCUGUGCUUCGUUCCGUUCAUGGUCGAGAGCACUUACCACCACUUCACAAUGAGAGGCCUGCUCGUGAGCCUGACGCCGGAUCUGGCUGUGCUGACCAGCAGCAAGGUGUGGCUCGACGCAGCCGAGCAUUCGCUCUUUUCCUUGGGCACGUCGAGCGGGCUCGUUUUCUUCCUGGGCUCACGGUGCAAGUACGGAAGCUGUUUCGAGAGGUGCGCCGCCUGGACCAUAGUAGCGGAGGUGACCGCUUGCGACCUGAUCGCCCUCACCACCUGCCUCUGGAUCUACAAGCCCGGAAACACCGAGCAGGAGAUCACGCCCGCCGUGCCCUUUAAUUUUCGUCAGUUGGUGACGACAGCGCAGCUCGUGGUGUCCUGCGUCUUCCCGAGCAUCUGCAACGCGCUCGUCUUCACUUCCUUCGUUGCGACCGGCCUGACCGCGAACGUUUUGCUGGUGAAGACUUGUGUGACGGAGAUCGCCUCGGUGCUCAACUACGCAACCAGCGGCGCCUACAGCUGGACGCUGUUGGCGGUGUGCGCGCUCGCCUACGCCUGCAGCGUCCCGUUCUGCACGAAGGGAGGACUUUAUAUUCAGAACAUUUUUGAGCAAGGUCUCGCUCGCAAUCUCUUCUUCAUCGUCUCCCUAUUGCAAGUCAUCAGCCUCGUAUGGUUUUAUGGUGUGCGCCGGCUCAGCUUUGAUUUGGAGUAUAUGCUCAAGGACCCGGUCGGCAUCUACUGGCUGUAUUGCUGGGCGUUCACAGCCCCCGUCAUCCUGGUGCUGUGCGCCGCUCUGUACGUGAGCGAAGGAGCCGGCUCAGCGUCGCUGACCAUCGGCGACUACACGUACCCCCCGUGGGUGGCCGUGUUCGUCUGGGUGUCCAGCGGGGUCAGCCUGCUGCCCGUUCCGCUGAUGGCCCUGGUGCACUGGCUACGAGUCGACAUGGAUUUCUCCAAGGCCCUGGGUACAGACCCCAUGUGGGGACCACAAGACCCCGAUCGCAGUUUCGACUAUAACGGCCGCAUUCGUACCUUCCUCACCACUGCGCCUAUCAAGGAGAAGAGCGACGCCAAGGACAAGGGCGGUCUCAACCGCACCCCUGUGCUAUUCACGGCGUCGUCGUUCACGGCGCUCAAGAACGGACUGCCGUUGGAAUAA